AUGCAAUCUAUGUUCGGCGGAGGGGAGCUGGGGCUGCUGGGAGGAGGCGGCGGCGACGGCGGGGGCCUGAAGGAGGACGGCUGCGGCGGCGUGGCGUGGCACUCCUCGCCGCUGCCCGACGACGUCUACUCUACCUCCCACUUCGCCCUCAUCUCGGCCUACCAGGACAUCAAGACCAGGCUGGCCCUGCUGGAGCGCGAGAACACCAGCAUCAAGAGGAAGCUCAAGAUCUACGAGAUCAAGUUCCCCAUGAUCAAUGAGUUCGGGGAGGACACAAACUCCUACUGCUCCUUUGAGAGCAAAGAGACGGCGCUGCUGCACUCCGAAAAUGGCAGCCUGCAGCAGAGAGUCAACGUCCUGACCCACGAGCUCCAGAAGAGAAAGGAGAGAGAGGAGCAGCUGGAGGACGUGAUCCAGGCCUACGAGAAGAUCCACAUGGAGAAGAGCAACCUCCAGAGGGACCUCGACAAGAUGACCGGCCUGGUGGAGAAGCACGUGGAGCGGAUCCUGGGCCUGGAGUCGGCUCUGAGGCAGAGGGACAACUCUCUGCAGAAACUCAACAUGCAGCUGCACAGCAAAGACAUGCAGUACCUGCAGCUGCACGCCGGACCGGACGCACACAUGCUGGACUGUCCAGCUAUGACCCUCCAGAGCUCCCGUAGCCUGGACGCUCUGUCCGACCUGAAGCUGCAGCGGCUGGAGGCCGAGCUGGAGGGGGCGCGGCACGAGGCCCAGGGGGCAUGUCAGAGGGAAGAGGAGCUAAAGGGGGAGUGUGAGAGACUGAAGGAGGACAUGAGGAUGCUGCAGAACAGCCAGAGGGACCGGGAAAUGACUUCUCCAUGCAAGCAGUGUGAUGUGGAGUGGAUAAAGAAGGUGGGAGAUGAGCAGGUGAACUUGGCUCUGGCCUACACGGAGCUGACGGAGGAGCUGGGACGCCUCCAAGCGCUGAGCUCCAAGCAGACGGAGAUCCUGAGGAAAGCGUCACAGGAGCAGGCUAGUCCAGUCCAGCGUCACUCUCCCAUCCACCACCAGCGCCACUCUCCGGUAUCUCAGCGCCACUCGCCCAUCUCCCAGCGCCACUCUCCGGUCCCGCCUCCAUCACACCACUCCCCCAUCCAGCAGAGACGCUCCCCGGUGCUGCAGCGCCUCUCCCCGGACAUGCACCGCCGCUCGCCACUGCUGGAUGUCAACAACGGGCCGGCCUCUUACUCCUGCCGCCCCAGCCAGCACCUGAGGGCCAGCUUCCAGGGCCGCCGCAGUUACUCCGAGGUGUCCGACCCCUCCGCUUACCAGUGCCCCCCCCGCUUCUCCCUGGACCCUGUGGCCACCCUGCCUAAGCCCCGUCCCUACAUCGACAGCUACUCAAAACAGCAGGCCCAACACGUGGGCUCGUCUCAUGGAGGACUGCAGCACAGAGGCUCCCCGUCCCACCAUCAAGGUGGCCCCGGAGGAGACGGGGGUCUCGGGGAGAGCUCCAUGCGCCACUCAAGAGAGAUGCCAUUCCCACUGUCGGAGGUGGCCCAUCUGCAUUUCGAGCCCCCUCCGCCUUCCACACCGGCCCCCCAGCCACCACAGUCCUCCGAAGACGAGGAGGAGUGGACCUGCCCGCAUCCCAUCAGCCCCCCGCGGACGCUGGGCGUGCUCUCCUCGGCGGUGCCCGGCGGCUCCAUGAGAGGCCCGGCGUCCUGCUCAGUCUUCCCCAUCCCUCAGAGGUCAAACACCCUCAGCUGCCACCCUCAGCCGGGUUACUUGUCGGCGGAGCACGCUCAGUCCUGGCCUUCAAUCAAUCUCUGGAUGGAGACGGAGGAGAGCGACAUGCGGAGCUGCCCUCUCUGUCAGCUGAUAUUCCCCGUUGGUUACCCCGACGAUGCCCUCAUCAAGCACAUCGACUCCCACCUGGAGAACAGCAAGAUCUGAUUGCCAUGGCAACCAGCCCGCACACAUCAGCGCCCUCCUCUCAUAGAUUAUGUAACCAGACGGGGGAGUCAGAACGCGGAAACGACCAGUCAGCUAUGUGUGCGAUAAUCUAUGGGUCGGGAUGCAAAAUGAGUGCAGGAGCCUGUUAUAUAUAUUGGGAAGCACUUAAAACACGGGUCUCUCUUGGACUCCCGAGUCCACAUGCAGAGUCCCUUACUGGUCGCCCCUCCAGACAGCUCUGCCCGUGCAAUCACCGGCUCUGGUCGCUGCCGUUUCGUUAUGAGUCUCGUUGUGUGGUUUCAGGCGGUUUCAGGUAUCGUGUUGUUUUUUUUCUCGCUUCACAGUGUCGUACACUUUGAUUCAGCAAAGUACGCCAAAGACGAGGUAAUGAGAGGCGUGCCGGCAGGUUCAGGGGGCUCUGCAUGUCAAAAAGUUAGCGUUCAUCAGCGAAUGAUCAGGGAGAUCUAAAUGCGUCAGACUAUUCUAAACACUUAGCUUUAAAUACUGUACACCUGCUUGGACAUUUUCUAUCUACCACACACACACACACUGCAGUACAUGUUGCAGAGGUUUUCUCUUCUGAGGACAGUUAGAAAAUGGCUUGUUGAAAUGAUCUGACAGAUAUACUGUAUAUGAUAAGUCGUCAGAGUGAUGCUGAAAUGGAGAGAACGUUUUUCAAGAUUUCUGACUAAUGCCAGCUCACUUUCACUUCUCUAAAAACAAGGUUUCUGUGGCAGUUAAGAAAGUAUAAAACAUUCCAGUCUCACAUUUCAUCUACUGACUAUUAAGCUGGAGCAUAUGAAUGUGAAAGUAUGAUGAUGAUGAUGUCCUGCAGGGCGGGGCACUGCUGUUGAAGCGCCUUCUCUACAAGUGGAGUGGAAGGAAAGUCAGAAUAUACCUUAAUGCUUGCGGCUUGUUAAAAAAAAAAAAAAAAAAAUCGAAGUAUCUUAGCACUUUAAGUUGGCACAGCCUAAACGAUGUAUCCGUUUCCAGUCCCAACUCCACGUUUGAUUUAAUAUUUAUAUCGUCUAUCUGUACGGCAAAAAAAAUUAUAAGGAUAUAUUUUUGCAAAUGUUGACGCACCACAUGUCUCAUGUCGGUGUUCCUCCCAUGUGCUGUAUAUAGAGAGGAGUCGAGGGUUGAAGUCCCGCCGCAUGGGAUACUUUUCUGUACAAAGAUUUUGAAAUUAUCUACUGGGAUUCUUCUCGGUCUUCCUAAAGAUCUGUGGACAAAACGAAAACAGUUUGAUGUCACAACUGCCCAGACCACCCAACAAAAAAAAAAAGAAAAAAAAGAAGAAGACACACAGUCGGCUGCAUGAGAUCAAGAACUGCUUUUUAAGUGUACUUUAUUUCUAUCUCGGGAGAUCUGAUACCAGAAGCUUCAUCUCCCAUCAGCAAAGUUAUCUCUGCAGGGUUUCAGCAAUGAUUAUACUCUUCUUUUGAUACUUGGGUUUCUUUUUUGUCGUAAGUGGAAUCUUAACUCGAGAUCUGCUUUUUUGAAAAUAAAAAGAAAACAACAAAGUUAUACUGAUGUCAGCUAAUCUGAGGCUUUCAGUUCCAUGUGCAGUUUCUAAUGUACUGUAGGGGGACGUCCCUACGCACCCACCCCUGCAUUUAAACUGGUUGGAAGUUAUUGAAGAGGUGAAAUGCGGUAGAUUAGAGCACAUAGGUCAGUGGUUGUGGCAGCAGGAGGAUGUAGGACAUUGGUUUCAAGUCCGCUGGAGCAACACACUGAAUCCCUACAAGCUCUGGAGGCUUUGCUCAAAGCGAGGACUCUCUUACGAAGGUUUAAAGAAACAAAAGUGUUUCAAUGGGGUCAAGGAAUAUCAUAAAAAAAGGUUUAUAAACACCUGGACCUUAUUUUGGGGUGGGUUCAGACACUGGUUUUGUUGGUGAUGAUAACAUUGUACUCACCUUGUUGAUUGCUGAGAACUGGGAGAAUAUUGAUUUCUCUAAAAAAGGAGCCAGACGAGUUGCUGAAAUGUUGCUGCUGGCGAGCUAACUGCUAACAAGAAGUGCUAGCUUGUUUACUCCCCCCCCUCACCGCCGAUUUGUUCACCAUUUUGGUCAAUAAAAAGAGGAAAUUAAAUUGCCAAGAGACGUUAGCAAACUCAUAAGCUCAUUGACUUAUCUUGGUCCCUAACAGGACAAUAAGUCGACACAGUUUAUUUAAAAAGAGUUAUUUGUACCAUCAUCUCUUGUCUUUAAACCUUCUGCAAAGCAAUCCUCUUUUGGAUUGGCUUAGC